UUUUUUAUACAAGUGGACUAUAUAAUUAAAAUUGUAUAAUCUCUCGGUAACUAUUUAGGAGAAUUUAACAAAAUGGCAACUAAUGACGCUGUUCCGACUGUAUAAUUGGUCGGCGGGAGAGACGAUUGACGGUGGCUUCUCUCACCGGCGUCGCCACAGGAAAUUGACGGGAGGAUUUGAAGCCGAUAGAUUCCUACAAAGCAUGGCUGCCAAACUGCCUUUACCGAGCUGUCCCACAAUUUCUAAGCAUUUGAGUGCUGAACAUACUAUAUCAAGAUUUAAUGGUGCUGUCUGCCUUAGGAGAGCUGCACAUUCAUUAGGCAGAAUCAUGCAUUUCCAGCUAUCUUUUACUCAUAUUGUCCAGCCUUAUUCUUUCAGAAAUUUCAAGAGCAGUCGUGUGGUUUUCCCAGAGAUCGCCGUGAGUUCUUUGCCAAAGAAAGAAUGUUAUCUUCCUAAUUAUUCUCGGAAAGAAAGAAUGUCAACAUCAUUUCAUAAAGUGGACAUCAUUUUCUGAAUAAUUUGUUUGCAAAUUUCUACUCAAAGUAACCGAUUCCAACUAUGUGUGGUUUACGUUUGAAUAACUUCUGCAAAUAUACAUUUGUCUUGUCUAAGUCCAAGUUUACUUCCAUUCCCGAGUCCAAGUUUUCUUCUUGUAUGCACUCCCACAAGUUUCCCUAGCCCUAAUUGCGAUGAGCUUUGGUUACCAACUAUUUGGGAAAAUCUAAAAAGUCUCUCUUUUGAGCUAUUUUACAUUGUUCAAAUAACUAAGUACCUUGAAAGUUCCUGCCAGGGUUUGCAAGAAAACAUAUGCUAUGCUAAUCUUUGUUUAGUGCUAGAUCCUUGCUCAGAGACUUAUAAAUGAGACUUUUCUACCCAUGUAUCUCAGAGUUUAAUUCCAAUAUAGGAGGCGGGUGUGGUCUAUAAGAAGUGCUGCAGAUGGCAGCGGAUUAGAAUCUUCUCCUACAACCAACGGUAGCGGUGGGACUCGACUUAUUAGGGCCAUAGAGGCUCUUCUAGUCAAACUAGAUACCAGAAUUA